UCUAAAACGUAAACAUUAGUGUUUGGUGUUCGCUUGCGUGUUGUUUCUGUUGAAAAUAGGAGAGAAUCGCUAUAAACACACCGCAGGAUGACACGCCACGCCAGGAACUGUACGGCCGGAGCCGUCUACACGUACAACGAGAAGAAGCGCGAUGCGGCAGAGUCCGGAUACGGAACGAAUGCCCAGCGGCUGGGAAAGGACUCGGUGAAGUCCUUCGACUGCUGCUCCUUGACGCUGCAGCCGUGCCGACGGCCGGUCAUCACCAAGGACGGCUACCUGUUCGACAAGGAGGCCAUCCUGCAGUACAUCGUCACCAAGAAGAACGAGUACAGCCGCCGGCUGAAGGAGUACGAGCGCCUCCGCAAGGUCGAGGAGGACGAGGUCAGUGCGGAGGCCAACAAGAAGCAGGAGGCGCGCAUGGAGAAGUUCGUGAAUGGCGAGAAGCCAGCCAUGACCCCAGCCCACCGCUCGGCACAGGCCUCCACCUCGAGUGCUGCCAGUACCUCCGCAUCCACAUCCGCCUCGUCCUCAUCCUCCAUUUCCAAUAUGACCAACGGCCAUGAGAAGAAGCUGCCCAGCUUCUGGCUGCCCUCGGAGUGUCCCAAUGCCGGCGUGGCCAAGGCCCAGAAGCCGGAUGCCACCAUCUACUGUCCAGUGUCGCAGCAGCCCCUUCGCGUCAAGGAUCUGAUCGAUGUGAAGUUCACCCUGCUGCGGGAUGGGGACACAAAGAAGUCACUGAUCGCCAAGGAGGCCCGCUACAUGUGCCCCAUCACCCACGAUGUCCUCAGCAAUGCCGUGCCCUGCGCCGUCCUGCGUCCCACGGGCGAUGUGGUGACCAUGGAGUGUGUGGAGCGACUUAUACGCAAGGACAUGAUUCAUCCGCUCACCGAUCGCAAGCUCAAGGAUAAGGACAUUAUUCCGCUGCAGAGGGGCGGCACUGGAUAUGCCACCACCAAUGACAACCUCCAGGGCAAGGAGAAGCGUCCCAUGCUACAGGUCUAAGACUCUAGACUCUAGAGAGGAUUUUAAAAACCUAAUUCCGAAAUUGUUUGAUUAGUUUCAUGUUUAAACAUGAAGUUAUUUUGACUUGUCAUGCAUCUAUG